AUGGCGCAAUGUUAUUCAGAUGAGCUCGAUACCGAGUCAUUUCGCCUGGCGAUUAUCUCAUCGGGCAUUCACCCAGAUACAGAGUCUCAAAUCCCUAGUGUCACUCUCACGAAACACGACCUCCACGGUGCUGCAAACCUCGCCUACAAUGCGCUGUCUUACACCUGGGGCUCACCACGAGACAGCCCCCCACUCACCGAUAAGGUCAGCAACACAACAAUACUUCUGAAUGGGCUACCAUUCGAGGUCCAGGCGAACCUUUAUGAUGCUCUUGCUGAAUUGCAGGUCUCAUGCUCAGAGACCCCCAUCUGGAUAGAUGCGCUGUGUAUCAACCAGUCCAACUCCAACGAGAGAUCCCCGCAGGUCUCGGUCAUGAAUCAGAUAUACGGAAAAGCAAACCGCGUGAUUGUCUGGCUUGGAAAGACCUUUCCCGAGCUAGAGAUUGGACUCAGAGCAGUUGAGAGACUUGGUGCUGCGUCGGUUCCCGAGACGCUUCGGAUGAUUCGAACGCAGACCUGGGAUUUCAGCUCUGAUUUGUCAACUAUGCCGGAGCGCUAUGGCAUGGAUCCUGUGACUGAAGAAGAAGCAAUUGGUUUGGUCGCGCUUUACAUGAGUAAUUGGUUUACCCGGAUCUGGAUCAUACAGGAAGUUUCCCUCACCAGCGACGUGGUCAUUCUGUGUAACGGUAGAUUCACGGUCUUUGACUACGUGGGUUACACAGCGGCGUUUCUACACUACAGCGGAUUCUUCCAAUCUGUAGUGGACCUUGUUCCUAAAGACAGGCCUGGUAUUUAUAUUCGAGGCGGGAUCAACAUCUUUCAUGCAGAGAGAAUCCAAUUACUUCGUGAGUGGUGCAAAGGCAAGCAGAGUGCGUGGACCGGUGUCCUUGCUAUGAUUGAUCUGGAGGCUGGCCUCGCAAAGCAUCAUUCAAAUCCCUCGGCGAUGGUUCCCCUGCGCGUGCUAUUCUCAACCUUUGGAAUGAAGUCGACAGAUCCUCGGGAUUCUAUCUACGGGUGGAAUGGCAUCUUGAAGCACAUGGCAGCUCAAGAGGGGGUGUCUCUGCCGUCUGUGUUCGAGCCAGAUUACGAUAUGGAUAUCAAAGACUUGCUGCGAAAUGUCGCCUGCAGCAUCAUCGAGACGACUGAUUCUCUUGUCUAUCUGAGCCUCGUCAAGGACCCCAGCAUGCGAGGAACUCCAGGCCUUCCAUCUUGGGUUCCUGACUAUCCACCGGUUCUAUACAACAGCGUCCAUGGGCCAAACUUUAGAUCUAUUGGAACUGUCAAUUCUUCGAAACAUGUUCCCCACUCCCCCAAUCAAUAUCCAUUCACCAUUACUAGAAAGGUCCUUAACGUCUUUGGCUUUCGUCUCGGCACAGUGCAGAAAAUUGGCGAAGCUUUUCUUGAAUGCCUUCAAGGCCGUCUUAGGAUGCUUGGCGACAUUCUUCUUAGUAUGGAUGAGACCUAUACAUAUACAAACCAACCGGCAGAUGAAGUUCUUUGGAGAACUCUGAUCUGGGAUACCGAUUUCACAAAUAGGCCAUCGAAGCUCAUCCGACUGGAGGACUUUCAGAGGGCCGUCGCACAUAAUUACGUACGUGCGCUACAGUAUGUGUUCAAAGAAGCAAAGUCAGCCUCUGCCGGCCAUGCUCUGGUCCUCCAAGCAAUUAGCAGCAUGACUUACCUGGACGAAAUAGCUGCCAAAUUCCCUAACAGUAUAUUUCCAAGCACAAAGCUCAUCAAAUCCCUUUGUGCCAGCUUGGAUACUAUACCUCAAGACACUGAUGGCUGUGAUACGAAAGAGUUACAGAAGCUUAUGGAACCACUGUCGAAGCAUGCCAUGCCGCCUGGUAAUAUCAUGGCGUCGACGUGGAUUUAUCGCAGGGCAUUCCUUACUGAUACGGGGUAUUUAGGCAUGGGACAUGAAUCGACUCAAGCCGGGGAUGAGGUUUGGAUCAUCUCUGGGUCUCCUGCUCCGCUCAUUAUAAGAAAAUCAGGGGAGGGAAAUGAGUAUUGUCUCAUUGGAGAAUCAUACGUGCACGGCGCUAUGCAGGGAGAGGCUGUUACUGAUGAAGUUACUUGGAAAAAGAUUAAGAUAGUCUGA